CCUGCCUAGCCGGCCUCUGCGGCAUUUCCAGCGCGCGCGCGUUGGAUACAUGUUAACUUUUCAAAACAAAACCCUUCACAAUGCUUGAAGGCAACAAAUACGUCAAGUUUGUCGAAGUUCCAUUGCGCGAGACCUCGCCGCCGAAAUGGAAGGAGCUGACCAUCAACACGGGCGCGGCGCAGAGCACGCUCGAGGACAUCAAACUCACCGAGCGAGCCGGCGGGUAUGCUUACCGAGAGGACCCGGCAUCGGCCAACGCGACACGGAACCGAUUUAUCUACUGGAAAACCAACCACAAUGUUCUGGAACUAACUGAGGAAUCGUUAGACGUGGACCUAGUUGGAAAUAAGCUGCGUCUGCGCUUCCAGCACACGCCUCUGCUGGAAGGAGUGUCCAUCUUCGAGACCAGGAACAACCUCGUUGUCCUCGCGGCGACCAUAGCGAGCGUCCACCGUCUCUCAUUCCCACACCCUCGGUUACUCAGCCCGGACCCCGGAUCCCAGUUUCCCUCUACGUACAGCAUCCGCUCCGUCUUCUUCGACGCCUCGGCUACAUUGCUUCGAGACUACCACGUCCUGAAUCACGCGGGACUUGGCACCACACUGUCCCACAACUCGUGCAGCUGGCUCGGAGCGAAUGGCGAAGCCAUCUUCGUGCUCGGCACUAACACUUCCACGCUCUUCGUGGUGUCCAUUGACCCGCAGGAAGUGGGCGGCCAGGUAUCGACCAUGGAGAUUCGGAAGAGCGCCAGCGUGACUCGCUUUCUGAGUGGCAUUCUUCCCGCCUCGAUGCGAAGCGACGAGGCGUCGCUGAGCCUUGUGUGUCAUCAAGCCGACGACGACAUUUUCAUCUUCGCUCUGUCUAGGGAUCUCCGCAUCCGACAGUGGUCGUACAGGAGCCAGGACUUGCUCUCCAUGUGCUCUGUGCUGGACCAUUGGCCGGCCUCAAAGUCAGCGUCGGGGCUCGGCGGCCGCCAGUCGUGCAUGGUCAAGGCGACCGAUAGCUCUGGCGUCGACGUGUACCUCGGCGUCUACGCGUGCUUUCCAGAGGGGAACCACUUCUUCGUAUUCCAGCCUAUUCAGCCUCAGGGCGGUGGCCACAAGAUGGUUCUGAUAACAAACAUAAGAGCCCCAGGGAACGACCUCGUCGACUUUUGUUUGUUGGACUCUACCCUGUGGACACUCUGGGUCCAACAAAAUGAUGAGCCACUCAUCUGCACGUUGUGUAUCGAUGCGCUUGACAGUCCCAGUGGCAGUUGGGCUGGUGUCCAUCUGCAGCCUAGUGUUCCACCAGAGAAAAUCACCGUGCCUGCCACUCUGGAUGCGCGAGAAUUCUACCUCGAGAAAAUAAUUGGACAAAAUGCUUUUUCCUUCAACACCCUUUACAAAGUACUAGGCACAUACGGCCGGCGUGGAGAGCUAUCUGCUGAUCAUGGCCGCCGUAAUCUAAAAGAGGACAUUGUGAGCACUGUUGAAUCAGAAAUUCAUGCCAAUGCUGUGGAGGUUGAGCUUGGUGAUCAGGAGUAUGUGAACCUGGCCCUACAGUGCUGGGGAAAAUUUUAUUAUGCCUGCACAGAGUAUCACGCUGUUGGCCUGAAGCCACUUGGCUUGUUUGUGGACCCAAGCACAGGGAUGGCAGCCCUCAUUCGGCGUGACCACGUAUCCUUGCUGAGGCCAUGCGAGUGGCAAGAAAGCUGUAUACUUUCCGAAGAACUUCCACCGUGGUGCAGUGAUGUGGCGGAUGAAGGCGUACAGGCACUUGCAUCCUGCCUAAAAAUGAUUAAUUCAUGUUUGACUCCAGACUUGUUGGUUGAGUUUUCACAAGGCCUGUACUUCAUGGAAGACUUUCAAAGCCUGAUUGAAAAAGUGGUUGCCCACCUGUUGGGCCCAGAGUACAGCAUUGUGGUGAAUAAGAUUAUUGACACAGUUCACACUAACCUGCCAUCACUGAAGAAGCUUAUUGAUUCUAUGGACCUUUCACUAGUGAACCCAUGCACGACACCUCGAGGUCUCCACUUCAGUGUGUGGAGCCUUCUGUUCGGCAGUACGACUGGCUGUGAUUUCAUGGCUGCAUGUCUGCACCAAGUGAUGCAUUUUCGUUUCACAUUCUGCCAAAACUUGCUACUGCUCCAAGGUCUCAUAGUUGCUGCAGGGCAUAACAGGGAUGCUUUAGACCGCCUCAUCAGCAGAAAGCUUAUUCCUGAGACACAGAGACUUGUGCGGGCAUACUAUGCAGCUCUGUGGGCCACAGAAGCAGAAGGUGCACCUUUAGCAAAUACUCUCGAAGGAGGCAUGAAAGGGAUGGCUAUAAGUAGCAGCUCUGAUGGAUUUGGCAUCAUCAGCCAGAAUGCAGAACAGUAUGGCCUUGUUUGGGUUUUUCUGAGGAAUGGAGGUGGAGAGGCAGUUAGGCGGCAACUCUCUGAGAAGUAUGAACUUGAGCCAAGCCAAAUCUGGACAGCGAUUCUUCCAUCAUUUAUAUCCAUUGCAGCAGAGUUGAUAUGGCCAUUCUCGGAUAACUGUACCUUCCCGAGGUCCUUGCUCGAGCUAAAUCAGCACCUCCAGCUGCAAGAGUAUGUCCGACUGCUAACGGACUGGUGCUCCAACAAUUGGGAGACAAGAACAUACCUCCUAGCCACCAGCUUUCUUGUGUGCCACGAGUAUCACAAGGCUUGCAUGCUUUAUCAAAAACUUGCAUACGAACGUGUUCCCACCGAGCCUUACAUAAUGCAGCAGAUUGGGAGGAUGAGAAGCAUCGACUCAUCAUCUGAACUAUCUUUGCUGCCCCUGUACUUUCUGAAAGUAAUCGAUGCAUUCACAGAUGCCCCUGAUUGUGUAAUCAGUCUAGCUGAAGCAGCUCUGAAGUGCACGCCUAAGGAUGACCCUAAUGUCCCGGGGUUGUGGUCACUGCUGUUCAAGCACCAACUGCAGCUGGGUCACAUCACCGAAGCAUAUCAUGCCAUGAUACAGAAUCCAAAUGGUGACCACCGCAGCGUCUGUCUGAACCAGUUAGUGGUUGUGCUAUGCGAAAGGCGUCAGCUCUCAACAUUUGUCACAUUCCCAUUCAAAGGGGUUGAAACUGAUGUCGUCCACAUCCUGGAGGGACGUGCAAGAGCAACCGAUGUUGCAGAACAGCAUUACUAUGAUGUCCUCUAUUGCAUGCAUGUCAAUUCGAAAAAGUAUCGGAGAGCUGCAUCAGCAAUGUAUGAGCACGCCUUCCGGCUUCAACAGGAAGCUACCGGAUCAGAGAGCCUUAAGAAACAAGAACUGUGCCUCCUUGCUGCUAUCAACUGCCUGCUGCUUGUGAAGCCUGAAGAUGCGUGGGUUGCCAUGCCUCUACCCAUUGGCAGACAGCCGGACAGGUCAGCAAAGCGUGACAACACAGGUGAAGAGAUUCCACAGGCACUACCAGGAAAAUUGGAGGUGAUCCAAGUUGAGGACGUCCGCCGCAAGCUGAGUCUGGUACGUGCAUGGCUUCAGCUCGUUGAAUCUAGCCAAGACAGCAUCCGCAUGCCGCUCACUCCCGAGGAAACUGUUCUUCUUCUGGUGGGCUGUGGCCACUUCAACAUUGCCAUUCGUAUUUGCAAGCAGUUUUCCAUGAACCUGAAUCCUGUGUUCGAGGGCGUUGUCCAGCAGUGCAUAAAGAGCUUGCCUGCUCAAACGAUCCGGAGUGCUCGGACCAUCAACCCACAGUGGAUCAUCGAGAAUCCAAAGGCAGUGCUGGACAUCCCUGGACAGGCGUGGCUCCUUCUUCAUCACUACCUGGAACAGCAUGAGAGAGAGCCAGGAACCACUCGUUAUCACCGCCUAAUUACAAGCAAGCUUUUGUGCAAUGGCUACUCGCUUCCACCUUGGCUGACUGAAUCGUACAAGAAGCGUGAUGCACCAGAGCUUUUGCGGCUUCUGAUCGCAUAUUCACGUCUCGAAGAGGCAACAGACAUAUCGAUCGAAUAUGUUGAUGCUGUGCUGGGAAAAGGAAAAGAGUACUUUGGUUUGACCUCAGCAUUGCAUGCGAACUUGCCUCCCGUCUGGUUGCCCCACACAACUUUUGACCGCCUUCUUGUGGCACUGAAGAGCUCACCCAAAAUGGAAAGCCAACAUCAGAAACUGAGCCAAAAGUUGAAAGACUACUUCAAGACUCUUGAACGUGUGUCUUUCGCCAUGCGAAGAUAAUGUCCCAUGAACGUGUGCUUUUGCUUUUAAGUUAUGUCAAAUAGUGUCACAUAAGAUGUUUCGCGAAAGUGUAUUUUCAUUUAAUAAACAAUUCAGUUUCCCUGUUAA